CACGGUUCUUUUGUGACAGACCCUGUGAGGUCCUUUGGUACUGAAGACCGUCCCACAGAUAGGCCUGCUCCCCCAAGAGAGGAAAUUUAUGAGUACAUCAUUUUCCGGGGAAGUGAUAUCAAAGAUAUUACUGUGUGUGAACCUCCGAAAGCUCAGCACACACUCCCUCAGGAUCCUGCUAUCGUUCAGUCUUCCCUGGGCUCUGCCUCCACCUCGCCCUUCCAGCCGCACGUGCCUUACAGCCCCUUCAGAGGGAUGCCGCCCUACGGCCAGCUGGCAGCCAGCUCCCUGCUCAGCCAGCAGUAUGCCGCGUCCUUAGGUCUAGAGAAGCUGGUAAGCCCUCCAGCCUCAGCCGCUGCCUCCAGCCCUAGCUCUUCUCCAUCUCCACAGCCUGUUUCAGAGCUUGACAUGUCCUCAGAGUCCCAGCAGCUCACUCCCAAGGGAGCUGGUUUCCCAUCCAUCCCAGUUGGCAAGAGCCCCAUGGUGGAGCAGGCUGUCCAGACCAGUUCUGUCGAUAACCUGAAUGCCAAAAAGCUACUACCUGGCAAGGGCACCGUGGGGAUACAGCUCAGCAGUCGCCAGGCCCAGCCGAGCAGCAAGACCACCGGCGAUGUGGUCCAGCCGGCAGCUGUGCAAACUCAAGGGCAGGUGAACGAUGAGAACAGAAGACCUCAGAGGAGGCGAUCAGGGAACAGGCGAACAAGGAAUCGCUCCAGAGGGCAAAACCGUCCAACUAACGUCAAGGAAAACACAAUCAAGUUUGAAGGUGACUUUGAUUUUGAGAGUGCAAAUGCCCAGUUCAACCGAGAGGAGCUUGACAAGGAAUUUAAGAAGAAACUGAAUUUUAAAGAUGACAAAGCUGAGAAGGGGGAAGAGAAAGACCCAGCUGUGGUGACCCAGAAUGACGAAGCUCCUGCUGAGGAAGACCUUCUGGGGCCCAACUGCUAUUAUGACAAAUCCAAGUCAUUCUUUGACAACAUUUCCUCUGAACUCAAGACUAGUUCCAGGCGGACGACGUGGGCUGAAGAGAGGAAGCUCAACACGGAAACCUUUGGGGUUUCUGGGAGGUUUCUUCGUGGCCGCAGUUCCCGGGGUGGGUUCCGAGGAGGCAGAGGCAAUGGGACGACCCGUCGCAACCCAACUUCCCACAGAGCUGGGACUGGCAGGGUGUAGUGAUGCAGCCCAGGGCUCCUGCUGAGUGGCACAGAAAUGAAGCUGUGUGUAUAAGGACACAAGGAAAACGCUGCACUUAUGGGGGAGAAGUGGGUCACUUUGUUUACAGAGUUUGGAAAAUUCCCAUAUUGCUAUUUAUGUUUUGGACUUAAUUGAACUUGGACGUGGUCUGAGUUAGAACCACUUGUUUUGGGGAAGUAUUCACGGGUAACCUCUUUGAGGUGUCUUGACCUGUGUUUUCCUUUUUAGUUGUGCAUAGCCUAAUUAUAAGGUUUUGGUAUUUUGCAAAAAGGUUUCUAAAGCAAAAGCUUGAUCUUUGUGACUUUUUUCUUUAUGACAGCUUUCAUUUUUAAAGCAGAACCAAAUCUCAUUUGGCACAUGUGGCAGCCAAGUGCACCUCUGUAACCCACCCAGCCCCUGGUGCUGCUGUCCUGGCACCCCCACUGCCAAGGGUGGGUCUCAGGAGCCAGGCAGGGCCAGCACAGGGUGGGUGUGGGGGUGGGUGGACCAAGGGCAGGGGAAGGAGGGUGUCCCAUGGAUCAUGUUGUGUAAUGAACCAGACUACCCUGAUGUGUCCAGAGUGACAUUGUCAAGAUUGAGGACUGGCAGAGGGUGGGUGGACUGGAAGAACUUUGGGAGUAGUGGGAAGGGACCCUGAAGGUUAGCCCCAUCACUGUCGCACAGAACCUGGCUUCCACAGGUAUCAAGGUUGGCGGUCUUAGCCUAGAAUGAGCCUCCUGUGGCAUCCCCAUCCCAUCCCCCUAUCCCGUCCCUGCCAGUCUUUGCCCUGGUUCAGCCAGUCAUUGUUGGGACUCUGGCCGAACCCUUUGGUGUUCUCAUCCACUUGGAAAUGAGCCAGUCUUUUUUGCGAGGUCAGUUGACCAAGAGCAUAUUUCCCCUCAGUUGUAAAUAGUUCUGUGUUUUUGUUUUAAAGGUGGGCGGAGGGAGGGUGGGGAAUAUAAAUUUGUUGCAUGAGUAAGUGGGUCAGAACUUUAGUGUAAGCAUGCAUCCUUCUGAUCGACAGGGCAUUUUGUUGAAAACAAGCACCUUGGUAACUAAACCCCUUUAAAUAGCUAUAUAAAAAGGCUUUAGUUCUGUAUUAAGUUACUGUAAAAGCUUCGAUUUAUUUUUGUAGGACUUAAUGGUUAAGAAUUAGAACAUAGCAAUGGGGCUGCUCUGUUGGAGUAAUGUAAAUUGUAAAAAUAAACAUGCAAACCUUUAAAACUUUU